AUGGCAUUUACUACGGUCACCCUUCGACAUGAGCAGAAGACCGUGUCAAACAUAGAUAUCGAGCACGAAUCAAAACUACCGCCUAAGAUAGGUAACCUCGAGCACGUGUCGCUCGUGGAUUUUGAAAAGAUUCCUUGGUUCCUCGUGUCCCAUGGACCAUUUAAGGUAUUUUCUUCAGAUGACGAUACAUCAGAAUUCUUCAAGACGAACCUCGCAGCCGUAGCUGUCACAGAGCCUCAUAUAGGAAUCCUUUCCAAGAGUCAAGAUCCGCAAACGUAUGUGGUGUUUUUUUUCCAGGACAUGUCCAUUCGAUGUUUUUGUAUCGACUUUUCUACACUAGAGCGACUUUCCACUGCAUCGAGCUCGUUUGAGACGGGCACGGUCGAUAAUGUAUUCUAUUCAGCACUACGGCCACGCUCUGACACAUCUGUCUUUGAUCGUGUUUUGGAGAGCAAGUCGUCCAGAAGAAACCAGUACGUUGCCCCAAAGACAACACCAAGUGACACAACAACGCAGUUAUCGGUUACUCCUUUGAACGGAGAUCAAAUAGUGCAGGCAGUCAACAGAAUGACACUUUCUGGGCUUAGACUCCGUGGACUCAAUCCUUCCUCGGGCCUGACUCUCUCCAAAGAUAGAGUUGUCAUUAAGGAAUUGUACCAUAUGACGCGCAAGCUGGCGCUUUUUGCAUUAAGAAAGUUUAACUAUGGCUUCAACGGGGCCACUGGGCAAGAAGUCCGUUUGAGUGACGUCCAAGACGUUGUAGAGCGGCUUCUACAGGCAUAUACCGAUGUGGAGCCUCCAGCAUGA